AUGGCGCCCGCGGCUGACUCCGCUCCGCCAAGGAGCACUCCCGCGCAGCCGUCUGAUGCGCAAGCCUCCGCCGCUGCGGCGGAGCCCCCGCCCGCGGAUUCCCCGCCUCCACGGAUUCAAACCAUAGAGGACUUUGUAAAAGUUCACGAAAUGUUGUUACUCGCGACAGGGUUACCUCGCGAGCUCUACCCGCGACUGUUCGAGAAGAUCAUGGCGGAAAGAUUCGAUGCGGGCAGCAGAUUCGCGAUCGAGGAGGUGGAGGGCGGGCGGCAGAGGCGCGUCGUGCUGACACCUGGCGGGCAGGGAUUGGACGCGCAGGGUGACGUGUUUUUGCUGGAGAACCUCCCCAAGCUGGCGGCGCGGAUGGCGGCUCUCAUGUGCGUUGGGGGGGAGGACGAGGGGGAGGAAGAGGGGGAGGGUGAAGGGGAAGGGGAGGGGGAGGGGGAAGGGGAGGUGGGAGGAAAUGGAGAGGGGAAAACUGUAGGCGCAGAGAAGGCUGAGGAAGAAAGCAAGGGCGGAAAGUCCGUCGAUGAAAUCAUCUCACGGGCAGUUCGGGCGGCUGUGGACGCACGAAUCCCGGGAACAGAUGGGACAACGGGACGUGGAGAGGCGGAGGGAGGGGCGGAGGGGCAGGUGGAGAGCGGUGUGGAGUGGUUGGAGAUGGACGGGGAGGGGAUUGAUGAUGCCAUGCUUGCUGCUAUGAACCUGCACGAGCGCUUCCCUAACCUGGUGGGUCUGAGCCUCUGGGGUAACCGCCUCACGGACGCUGCUCGAGUGGCCUCCCUGCUCUCUCCUCUCACCUCCCUGCAUGCGCUCUGGCUCAACAACAACCCGUGUGCUGCCACCGAGUCCGCCGCUGCUGAUCUGAGAAACGCCCUCCUUGAGUCUCUCCCCAAUCUCGAGCUGUUCAACCGCCACUUCACCCGCCGCUAUUCCACCUGGGCGCUGCUCUUCGCUGCUGAUGUGGUGGGCCCUAACCGUGCCAAGUUGGACGAUGACGUGGCGGCUGCUGAGCUGGCGCGGUUGACUGAAGUUGACUUGUCUGACCGGGGGAUCGUGGAGCUAAAGCAAGAGGUCUUCUCCCCAUCGUUCCUCCAUGCCCUCGCCCAUAUCAACCUCUCUCACAACCCGCUCCCACUCUCCCCACUCGCCCCCAUCGACGCCUCUCGAGCCUCUGUGCUGCUGCCCCUCGCCUUGCUUCCCUCGCUGCGCUCUCUGCAAGUAAGUGCGGUGUUAAUGGGUGCUGGUGGAACCUGCUGGGCACGGCUGGGUUCCGAUGGGUGCUGCUCUGUGCUGAUGGGUGCAAGUGAAUUGAGCUGUGCAUUACUGCUCCUCGUCUCGCUUCCCUCGCUGCGCUCUCUGCGCAUCAUCCUCUCCUCCCCGCUGUCUCUCCUCCCUCAACGUCACCUCCUCUUGCCGCGUGGCUUCCCUUCCUUCUGCGCGCUUCCCCAUUGGAUCUGGAAGGAGUUCUUCCCUUUGUUUUUCUUCCUCAUCGUUCUCCGCUUUGACCCUGAUCAAGCAGCUCUAACUUUCGCCCCGCCCACCUCGCUUUCCAUUUCCACCACCCCUUCCCCCACCACUCCUCGUUUGCCCUGUCAUUCCCAGGUGGACCUGGAAGGCCCCUUCCCCUUCGACCCAUAUGAUGCAGCUUCAACUCUCCCCCGCCUCUCCUCCCUCAAUGGCGCUCCGCUUCCCUCCUUUAUGCGCGGAGGUUCCUGGAUGUUUCCUCGCCUGCCAGCCUGGCAGCCUGGCACGCCAUUGGUGGAUCGAGUGCUGCUUGCCAUGUGGCGCCACGUGUGCAGCUACAAGCUCGCUACUGAAACACAGCUGGACGAGAGUGCUGUGUGGUACAUGAUGGACGAGUUGACUUUUGAGUCGACUCAAAAGUACGUGAUGGACGAGUUCGGCAGUGCCUUCUGGCACAGCGACCGCCCCAACUUCCGCUGUGCGCCCUUCCUCUUGACCACCUGCGCAAGCUGCCCGUGCCCUAUCCCUGCGUAUGUGAUGGACGAGUUUGGCAGUGCCUUCCGCCACAGCGACCGACCCAACUUCCGCUGUGCGCCCUUCCUCUUCCUGCCUGAUGGCUCCUUCGCCUCUGCUGUCAGGUAUGGGGCGGGUAUAGUUAAAGGUGAGAGUGCGGUGUGCUCUCAGGUGAGAGUGCGGUGUGCUCUCAGGUGGACUUUCUGUCAGGUGAAUUUUCCCUCAGGUUGUUUGUUGGCCCAGAACCUCAGAUCUCCCCCCACCCACUCCCUCCUCCCUUCCUCAUGCACUGCUGCCCCUCCCAGCUACUCACUCGUGUGGCCGCGGGCAGCAGUGCAGCAGGGAGAGGAAUGUACGAGGGACUAUCUCGCCGGGGUGGGGGAGGAUUGCCUUCCUCUCAUCGCCUCUCGUCUCACGCAUUGCCCCUCCCUGCCCUCCCAUACCUGCGCAGCUGCGCUCUCCUCUCUGCUCACAUGGCUCCUCUCUGUUCUCCUCCCUUCCUCCAGCUACUCGCUGGUGUGGCCGCUGGCAGCAGUGCAGGCGGGGGAGGAGUGCACAAGGGAUUAUCUCGCCGGGGUGGGGGAGGAGCAGCAGCGCUCCGCCAAGCUUUCUGCCUAUGAGCAGCGCCUGUGCAGGUUCGCAGCAGCGUCUGCAAAGAACGCAGAGGCAACCGCUUUUCUUGCUUGUGCCGAACCCGACAAUAAAGAGGACAACGCAGGAGGAGGAGAGGCUGGUGGAGCAACAGGCAAACCAGAGAAAGCAGACGAGCCGGAGAAGCUGGAAGAAGGGAAGCGGGUUUAUCGAGUGUUCAGCGAUCUUCCACACGUCCUCGACACACUCUCCCGCCCCGAAUUCACUUUUGUUGACGCACCCAGCGAGGCGGACAUCAUCUGGACAAGCAUACAGGUGGACGAUGCGUUCAGAGAUGCGGCUGGGCUGAAGGAGAGGCGGGAGAAGGGCGGGCAGGAGCCGUUGGUGAACCAGUUCCCGUUUGAGGCAUGCAUUGUGAUGAAACAUCAUCUGGCGAAGACCAUCCAGCAGGCGUACGGCAACACGCGCCCCUGGCUGCAAGACACGUACGACAUGCAGUCGGAGCUGGCAGCGCUCAUAGGGUGCUUCCAGCAGAGGGAGGCGGCGGAAGUUGCUGGUGCAGGGAGGCGACUGAUUGCCAGCUAUGAGGGCCGUGGGGCGCCUGAGAAGAAUGAGGACCCCGAUCUGGACAACACGUGGAUCUUAAAGCCCUGGAAUCUCGCGCGCAGCAUGGAUGCAACGGUGGCGCGCCAGCUGGCGCAGAUCGUACGGCUGGCAGAGACCGGCCCCAAGGUGGCCCAGAAGUACAUCUUCCGCCCCGCGCUCUUCCACGGGCGCAAGUUCGACCUGCGCUUCCUGCUGCUGCUCAAGAGACUCAAGCCGCUGGAGGCGUAUCUCUCCGACGUGUUCUGGGCUCGCAUCGCCAACAACAAGUAUUCUCAAGCAGAGGACUCCCUGUCGGACUUCCAGACACACUUCACUGUCAUGAACUACAGUGGUCACAAGUAUGAGCACGUUCCAACACACGAGUUUGUGCAGGCGUUUGAGCACGAGCACAGCGUGACGUGGCAAUCUAUCGACCAAUCAGUGCAGAGGAUGCUGCGGGAGCUCCUGGCUGCUGCUGUCACCGUCCAUCCCGAGAUGCAACCAGAUGACGACACCUGUCGAGCAAUCUACGGUGUGGAUGUGAUGCUGGAUGAUCACUUCCAACCCAAGCUUCUAGAGGUAACAUACUGCCCGGACUGCACGCGUGCUGUGACGUACGACAUGAAGAGGAUCUUCCCAAGGCCUACCGGCUCAGAGGGCAGUGCAGAAGCGGAAGAUGAAUCCGCGUGGCUGCGACCCAAAACCUUUUUCAACGAUGUGUUUGGGUGCCUCUUCCUAGGAGAAACCCAGAACGUGCGGCGCUUGUGA